GCGAAGUUCCUUGCUCUAUUUAUUGUCAAACGUAACGUACACGUACGUGGUUGGUGCAAAAGAAACUUCGGAAUUUCUGUUUUGGUCAACCUGGCCGCAUGUAAAUAGGCAUUAAUUGUUAAAACUACCAUCAGCAUGCAGUUCCUUAGAUGUUUGCCUCACUCAAGAUGGACGUCGUUCUUGUCUCACCACCGGAGGAAACUUUUACCAGCCGUGGGAACUCGACCGGAAAACUGGACUGGAACAACUUUACCGCGGAGCCUCGGCACGGCAGCAGGAUGCAGCGCCGGGCGCCAACGGGAACACACGGCCGACCUGAGUGACAGUUCACGGUGGACUUACGAUGAGGUUUACCGGAGGUCGCUGCACGAACCAGAGGAGUUUUGGCAUGAACAGGCUGAGAAAAUUACGUGGUUUAAAAAGUGGGACAAGGUACUGGAGGACAAUGGGUCACCUUUCACCAAAUGGUUUAUUGGUGGAGAGACGAACAUUUGCUACAAUGCAGUCGACAGACAUGUGGAUUCCGGUCACGGUGACCAAACGGCCAUCAUUCAUGACAGCCCAGUCACAAAUACAGUACAGAAGAUAACCUACAAAGAGUUGCAGCAAGAGGUUGCCAAGUUGGCGCAGGUCUUCAUCAAGCAAGGGGUGAAGUACGGCGACCGUAUCAUCAUCUACAUGCCUAUGAUACCCCAGGCCGUUAUCGCCAUGCUGGCUUCGGCCCGCAUCGGGGCAAUCCACGGAUUAGUGUUUGGAGGAUUUGCAUCCAAGGAACUCGCCGUGCGGAUAAACCACGCCAAGCCAAAAGUGAUAGUGUCUGCAUCUUGUGGUGUCGAGCCGAACCGUGUCGUGGACUACAAGGAACUUCUGAACAAAGCAAUCAGUAUGAGCGACUUUACACCGGAAUGUUGCAUCAUCUACAACAGACCAGAUUUUCAUCCUGUUGAUUUGAUCGCUGAUCGCGACAUUUGCUGGCACGAAGCCAUGGCACGAGCAAGAGGCCACGACUGCGUUCCUGUACAGGCCGCUGACCCAGUUUACCUGUUGUACUCCUCUGGAACCACAGGCCAGCCUAAGGCAAUUGUAAGGCCCAGUGGCAGCCAUGCUGUGGUCCUAAACUGGUCCAUGAAGACCAUUUACGGGAUCAACCCGGGCGAGGCAUGGUGGGCGGCCUCUGACUUAGGGUGGGUCGUAGGUCAUUCCUAUAUUUGCUGGGCUCCGUUGCUGACCAGAUGCCAGACGAUAGUUUACGAGGGUAAACCUGUGGGCACCCCAGACCCUGGUGCUUUCUUCAGAGUUCUUCAGCAGCACGACGUUGCUGGUAUGUUCACUGCGCCCACCGCCCUGAGAGCCAUCAUGAAAGAAGAUGAAACUGGGGAAUACGCAAAGAAAUACCCACUAACAAAAUUCCGAACCCUGUUUGUCGCGGGCGAGCACUGCGAUCAGGAAACUAUGCACUGGGGCAAAGCAGUCUUCAACACCCCAGUGCUCGACAACUGGUGGCAAACAGAGACGGGCUGGCCCAUUACUGCUUCCCCUGUUGGUCUAGGAACGGACCUACACCCACCGCAUGGAGUCACAGGAAAACCUGUACCUGGAUGGAAUGUGAAAGUCUUGAACGAAAACUGUGAGGAGGCUAAGCCAAAUGAGCUGGGAAGAAUCGCAGUCAAAUUGCCACUUCCCCCUGGUGCUAUCAACACACUUUGGGAGAACGACGAACGCUUCGAAAACCUCUACUUUCAGAAAUACCCGGGUUACUAUGACACAAUGGAUGCAGGAUGCCGAACGGAAGAGGGUUACAUCUCGGUCCAGUCAAGAGCUGAUGACGUCAUUAAUGUAGCUGGUCACCGCAUUGCAGCAUCUGCAAUUGAAGAGGCCAUCAUUGAUCAGGGAGACGUGGUGGAAUGUGCUGUGAUUCCGCUGCAGGAUGCUUUGAAAGGUUUGAUUCCUGUGGGACUGGUUGUCAUCAAAAAUGGCGUGGACAAACCCCAUCAGCAGAUCAUCAAGGAGGUUAUAGAUGCAGUCCGCAGUGGCGUGGGUCCGGUAGCCGCCUUCAAGAAAGCCUUGAUCAUCGGCAAGCUGCCAAAGACGCGGUCCGGCAAAAUCCCACGACAGAGCGUGGCUGACAUGGCGAACGGAAAGCCUUUUAAUAUCCCACCAACUAUUGAAGAUGCAUCAGCCUAUGGUAUGAUCCGUGAAGAAAUGGUGAAAAAUGGCAUCCUCAAGCAGCAGAAACCGGCUUGAACCAGCAAUUGUAAGUUGAUCCGAUCCACUAAUCUUUUCAGUCGUUCAUUGAAAUGGGGGAAAUGCAAUAAAAGAACCGGAUAAGUUCUGUAUCAACCAGCACAAACUGGUUCGGAUGGGUUCCUAUAAGUCAUCCUGAUUACUACAAUAUUUUUCUACAAUACAACGUUAUGGGGAAAACAAUUGAAGAACUAGUCACAUCCAGAUUCAGCCAGCCAAAACCGGUUUGAACUACAUGUAGCUGCUGUAAGUUGAUCCACAUAUUCACUUAUUUGACUUUAUACAAUGCCUAAAUAAAUUCCUGCCGUCUGAUUGGUAGGUCGUUGAUCACAUGUCAUUGAAUUAUUCGUCCCAACCCACGGCCCAGCUGCACCGCAAAUAUAGAAGUUCCAUUCCCCGGUAUAUGGAAGUUCCAUUCCCCGAUAAAUGGAAGUUCCAUGAAAGUUCCACCUUUGGCGGCUCUGACCAAACAGAUGACGAGGAUUUAUUAAGGUGUUGUAUAAAACAAAAAAAUGAACGUUUCACUUUUGUGCUGUUGAAAGAGUAAUUUCAUUCAGUGACAGAUGGAAUGUUUUAUUACACUUGGUUUGGCCUCGUGGAAUGGAACAUUCCAUCUGUCACCUCAUGAAUUUAUUCCUACCAUUGCACUCAUAAACAUUAAGUAUUUGUAUAAUAUUGGCUGCAUCAGUUGAGGAGGAAUGAAAGUGUGGGGGAAAGGUAAUCAAACCCUUUACAUAAUAGUAGGAGUUCAAAUGAUAAAAGAAAUUCAUAAUAAUUCAUUGUGGGAAAUGGAUUAUGAGAUAAUAUUUAUGAGAUUUACUUUUUAUUCCAUUAAUUUUGCUGCAAAAAUGAAUAGUUUUAAAUGUACUAUACAGAGUCUAAGGCACACGUUAAAAUCAUGUUGUUGGGAUAUAAAAUGGAACCCAUGAUCUCUUUUUAAAAAUAAUCAUAAUCUAGGGCCACUCUGUGAGAUAUGACUCCAACUAGCACCUAAGGAAAUUUGCUGCAGAUUGUUCAAAGCUUUGUACAUGUAACUGUGCUUCCAUUUUCUCUUAAAUAUCUACCAAUUUUACAAUCUACAUGAACAUUAUUUUAAUAAAUGCCUAUCUCACGUAUAUAUAUUUUUAAAAUUCUGUCAAUCAUGCCAAGUAAUUGUGUGUUGAUAUGCAGAGAACAUAACUGUAACAACUUUUCUCCACGAAAAAACUGUGGCUUUGCAGUAAACAGUUAAUUAUAUUUUCAGGCUUUCCCACGGUUGUUUAUUUUCCUUUGUACCGUAUUCAUUACUUUUGCUUUUGUUUCGAUUUUGUGUGUCUGAUGUUUUUGCUUUCUUGAUUAAUUAAGCAAAUUUUAUACUGUAAAUAUAUGUUAAAUUGGUAGUCAUUUCUAUUGAAAUUUUUCCAAAUAAUGUUUGAUUAAAAACGAUAUUUUUUUAUUGAUUAUUAAGAUCAACAAUUU